UCUUCGUCAGUUACUUCUCGCUUGGCAAUCAUAGCACGAUGUCGUCCACAACAUUUUCUGUGGUGUGUUUCAUCUCUAUGUCGGUGUUUUAUGCGUGCGUGGUUCAGGCUGGGAAGCGGCAAAUACUUGACAUGAGUUACGAAAUAAGCGAGGACACGCCACAGUUUCCCGGUGACCCACCAUUCGAGUUCACCAUACUAUAUAGAGAGUACAUAUUCCCUGACACCUAUUUGGAACUUAACAAGUUUUGCGCUGUUGACCAUAUUGGAACCCACAUGGACGCCCCGUCGCAUUUUUUCGAGGGAGGUGAGCGUAUACAGGAUAUAUCUUUGGAUCGAUUAAUCGGUAAAGCCGUCAAGAUCGAUAUAAAGGCUAAAGCAGACGCAGACAGUGAUGCCGAAUUGACAGUGGCUGAUCUACAGGCCUGGGAGAACGACAACGGCCGUAUCCGUAAAGAUAGCAUCGUGAUAGUGUACACCGGAUGGGGAAGUCGAUAUCCAGAUCGGUUGUCAUACUAUGGUACCCUGGCCAUGGAUGGCACCGGUUUACAUUAUCCAGGAAUUCACCCAGAUGCCGCACAGUUUUUAGUUGAUAGAAAGGUGACCUCAGUUGGUAUCGACACGCCCUCUGUAGACCACGGUCCUUCUCAUUCCUACGCUACGCAUAAGAUAUUCACAUCCAGUGGAGUUAUUGGGCUUGAAAACGUCGCUAAUGUCGAUCAGUUGCCGUCGGAAGGAGCCACUAUCUACGCCAUUCCGUUGAAGAUCAAAGAUGGCAGUGGUUCGCCGUCUCGAAUAUUUGCCAUUUGGUGGCCUGGCAAUACAUCUAGUGGUGGAAACUCUGAGUGUUAGGUUCUUGGGUUCAAAAUCAGGUCGAAUAUGAAAUAUUUAAAAAAUUAUGAAAUAUAUAAAUGUUUCUUCUCGUCAUCAACCCAGAUUAUUAUAUGUAGAUUAUUAAGUUAUAUAAAGUUAUUUACUGGUUGUAAUGUUAAUCAAUAAAUACUCAUUUAAUGUAAUAUA